UGUUGCGGUAAAAACAAAGGAGGUUUUUCCAAUAAUCCGAAUUGCAUAUUUCGCUGGGAUCUGUAUUCCUUCUACAAUACUUCCUUUACUGUAAUUCAUCCGCCUCCGCCUCCGCCUCCGGCGACUCUGCGUUCUCCUCCGCCCCUCAAUACCACCUAUUCCGGAAAUGGGAAGAGCAAAUUUCGGACCGUUUUGUAUAUUGUAGUGCCAAUUGGAUUAGCGUUGUUGUUGGUGCUUGUUGGUAUCGUCAUUUUCAGGCAGAGGAAGCGAACGUCAGGUGAAUUGUUUUCAGAGGAAAACGAGUAUAGUGGUGGGGCAGAGUGUCUGCAAUUCAACCUUGCCGCCAUUAGAGCGGCGACUAACAACUUCUCCGAUCACUAUAAGCUUGGUCAAGGUGGGUUCGGCCCUGUUUAUAAGGGCGUGCUCUCAAACGGGGAGGUCAUAGCAGUGAAAAGAUUGUCCAAAAAUUCAAAUCAGGGAGAACUUGAAUUUAAGAAUGAGGUGAUUUGCGUUGCAAGGCUACAACAUCGAAACCUAGUCAGGCUUCUAGGCUUUUGCCUUGAAGGAAUAGAAAGGCUUCUCAUUUAUGAGUUCCUUCCCAACUCAAGUCUUGACCAUAUGAUAUUUGAUGCAAACAAGCGCAGAAGGUUCGGUUGGGAGACUCGUCAUAACAUAAUUGUGGGAAUAGCAAGGGGACUUAUUUACCUUCAUGAAGAUUCUCAACUCCGAAUCGUUCAUCGUGAUCUCAAAGCUAGUAAUAUUCUUUUGGAUGACAAUAUGAAUCCUAAAAUAUCAGAUUUUGGAAUGGCAAGGUUAUUCGAAUCAGACGAUCAAACAAGAGACGUCACUCAUCGGAUUGUCGGCACCUAUGGCUAUAUGGCUCCGGAAUAUGUUAUACACGGUCAGUUCUCGAGUAAAUCUGAUGUUUAUAGCUUCGGCGUGUUAUUGCUUGAAAUAAUCACCGGUGAAAGGAUUAAGAGCUUUCGUGGAGGGGAAGAUGAACAAAGUCUUGUUGACUAUGCAUGGAACAUGUGGAAUAAAAGGACACCGUUGGAUCUAAUUGAUUCCACUAUGCCAUCGUUUAGUACUUUCACAGGCGAUAUAAUAAGAUGUAUUCAUAUUGCGUUACUAUGUGUGCAAGAAAAUGUGGGAAGUAGACCAACCAUGGCUUCGGUGGUUCUAAUUCUUAGUAGCAGAUCGGUUAUUAUGUCAAGACCAUCAAGACCCGCAUACAUUCUUCACUCCAUGACGCAACAACAUACAUCAUCAUCGUCAUCAUCGUCAAGUGCCCACAAUAACUCACACUCUACCUCAACUAGAAGUAGUAGCCAUGCUGAAAGAAGUUCUCGGAAUGAAGUUUCUAUAUCAGAGCUAGAAGCUCGAUAACCCUACACAUCUCUCAUUUUGUAUAAUUUCAAUAUAAAAAGAUGAAAGGGUGUUAAAGACGUGAAACAUGAUAAUGUAAUCAUGUCGACGUUAAGCUUUUAGGUGGGGGAGGGUAUAGUGUGGUAUUAUUAUGAUUGGUUUUAUUAUUUUGCAGUAAUCCUUAACUGAAAUAAAUAAAGGCGUAAUGCCGAAAAUCGGACACGGGAGUCAUCGAAAGCCAAAAAUAAGAUGAGAUCCC